CGGAUGAAAACGGAGAAACGUUGUCGUUUUCAUCAUCUUCUUCAACGUCCGAAACAAAAAAAGCUCACUUGCAAAUUCCAGAGAAAGAGAGAAAGCUCGAGACUUUCGGCGGCGCAGAACCUCGUCGGAGAGAAUCGUACCAUGUGAGCUCCAUGAAGGUGGGAGUUAGUAGAAUCUGUUUUGGCUUGUUCUGUUGAAGAAGACAUUCAAUGUUAUCCAUCCCUGAUACCAGAAUGUGGAACCUAGCUUCGAGCUAUCUCACAGGACCGAAACACGAAACAAGAAGACCAGUACAUACUCAUGUGGAAUGUUCUGAUGAUGAUGAGUCAUCUGUAGGCAGCAGAGAGGAAGGUCUGGAGUGUCCCAUUUGCUGGGAAUCAUUCAACAUCGUCGAAAACGUUCCUUACGUGCUAUGGUGCGGCCACACGAUGUGCAAGAACUGCAUCUUGGGACUUCAGUGGGCUAUAGUGAAGCUACCUACGCACCCGGUUCAGCUCCCUUUCUUCAUCUCAUGCCCAUGGUGCAACAAACUCUCCUUCCGUCUUGUCUUUAAAGGAGCUCUUAGAUUCCCUCACAAGAACUACUUUGUGCUUUGGAUGGUCGAGAGGAUGAAUGGCGAGAGACGGAAUUCGCCAGGGAGAGAUCAAACAGAUGGAAACAAUGAUUGUACAAGGGUGCCUCCUCCUCCGUGUCUCCACCACCGUCAUCAUCGUACUCAGUCUGUUCCGAGGGACAACAUACAGACUUCACUGAGGAAGUCUUUGGUUUUCUUUGUGCAAUUGACGGCAAAGUUCCCACUGGUUGUCAUGUUCCUGCUGAUAAUACUCUAUGCAAUACCGACCUGUGCAGCUAUUUUGGCGAUGUACAUUCUAGUCACUCUCUUGCUGGCUCUACCGUCGUUUCUCAUCCUCUACUUUGCGUAUCCUUGUCUUGACUGGCUCGUCAGGGAGAUUGUCACAUGAGCUUUCUGGUUUUACAAGUUAGUCCUAAAGACUGGUCCAUCCUCCUUGUAGGUAUAAUGAUUUUGGAAUCAUCUGUCUUUCUUAUCUAUGUAGGAAGAUAUAAUAGUAUUGUGAUAUUUGAGGAUCCUGCCCUGUGAUUGUUUGAGAAUAAGAUUUGUGUUGAAAAAAACUUUAUGGUGUUAAUGAAUUUACUGA